AUGAAAACUCGUCACAUGAUGCCAGGGCUUUUGCUGGCCUUGCAGCUUCUCUUUCAACUGCAGAUUGGGCUGGCGCAGACUUCUGGUUUCACGGUUGCAUACACCGAUCAUGCCAGCAGGCUUCGAGCAGACCUCCUUCGCGAUUAUGACAGCGUGGUCCCACCUCGUAGCGAACGAGACGUGGAUUACAGCAAAGCUGGGACCGAUGUGGCUUUGGAGAUUCGCAUCUUCAAGGUUCAGGGGGUGGACGCAUCGUUGGGGCAGAUGCGCCUCAAAGUUUGGGUCCGGAUGUCUUGGACAGACUCCAGGCUUAGCUGGGAUCCGGCUGCGUAUGGCAACAUCACCACAACACACUUCCGCACACAGCAUGCUUCCAACGCGGAAAACACAGAAAUAUGGCUGCCAGACGUGCAGCUUUACAAUGCCAAUGUUGGUAACGAGUUCUCCUUGGACUCUGCUUUGGCAUCGGUGACUUCGGACGGCUUCGUGUUUUGGAGUCGUCCUGGUCUCCUGGACACACUCUGCAAAUUCUCUGGUUUGGUAGCCUUUCCCUUCGACGAGCUUUCCUGCGCGAUGGAGUGGGGAGGUUGGACUUAUUCGGGUGGCUUCCAAGGCAUCCGGUUGAAUGGCAAGGGUUAUUCUGCAUCAACAUCGGAAGAAACGGCGGGGUCUUCCUACCAAGAGUAUAGUAUCGUGGAGAUUGAUGUGGAAGCAAAGACCAACUUCUACGAAGCAUACCCAAGUGAGCCUUGGACAGUCUUGAAGUUCACAGUGAGAUUGGGGCGGGCUUCCUUCUAUUACUCCCUGCUGAUCGUUUUCCCCACGGUGCUCAUCACCUACCUCUCUUUCGGUGUGUUUUUCAUGUCCCACGAGGUGGGAGAGCGCUUGUCCUUCGGCAUCACACUGCUUCUUGUGAUCGAGGUCAUGAAGACGACUGGAGCUUCCUUCGUCCCUGUUUGUGGCGAGCUGCUUUGGAUCGACCUUUUCAUGCUGGUGAAUACGGUCUUUUGUUGCGCGAGCCUCGUGGAGACCAUGGUGGUGCUCUUCUUUGCGUUCCAUGUCGAUCAGCACAUCCUCCCCAACUGGCUUGCAUGGGCUGCACCAUGGUGCCUCUGCCGGCAGCAGCCGAAUUACCUGGUGGAGUCGAACGCCGGCCGGAUAUUCCGGCAGCUGAACCGGGACAGGUCGGCAAGGCUGCAGGCGAGGUCUACCAAGAAUCUGCAGAAGGGGCGGCGCAUCGAAGAGCUUUCUGAGGCGAAGCUAACUGAGACGGACACGGAACGGCUCAUCUUCUUCGAGAAUCUCUUCUACCUCUUGGACUCCCACUCCAAUGGCCUGAUUACCGCUGAGGAUGCCGCCUGCAUGUUGAGCUUCGUAAACCUUAGCCUGUCGCGGGGCGUCCUCGAGGACAUCCUGCAAUCGGCCUGGCAGGAGAAGAAACUUUUUGACUGCCGCGACUUCCUGGAGAUUUGCGUGGAGCUGAUGUGGACCACACCUUUCAAGGAGAUCAAACUUGGAGCUGAGAACUACAUCAGCUCACAAACCCGGCACACGAAGCGAUGCCACACCUACUGGCUGAAGUGGUCCAGGACCGUGGACAAGUGGUCGAGAUUUUGGCUGCCUUUGCUAUAUACCAUAGCACUGGGCUUCCUCUUGAACCUGGAGCUUACGGACUACUACGAUGAUCAAGCUGGCUCGGAGAUGUUUCAGGGCUUUGGGCCCAUGAGUAUGUCGACCCCGGGCCUGAUCCAGGCUUUGAUCACCCCCAUCAUCGGCGUGGUCUCGAUCCUCACAUGGCUGCAGAUGCGUCGGCUCUCUAAGCAAUGGCGGAAGCAGCAGAAAGCCGCCAUGAAAGCUAGGGACCUGGAUCCCGAAGAUUCCGGCCGGGCGAAGCCGCGAUGGACUCUUUUGUCUGAGGACGGCGACGUCUAUGGUGCGUCCAUGGGCGAGGUAUACUCUGAGCGUGUCCUUGAUGAGCGUGUUGAGGAGGAGGACUUCCAAGAUGUCCCCGUCUCACCGCGCCUAAUAAAAUAA